AUGGUUUCUGACGGUCGCUUGACAGGCCAGCUCUUCCGGUCCGGUCGCGUGACGAUUUGCAGCCCCGCGGCAAAGUACCGGACGUUGUCAAAAUUGAUCUCUUCUUUGCUCAAGAAGAAAGGGUUACCAAUACCUUUGACAAUCGUCAGUGAUGAGUCCGGCACUCCUCUCCCCGGGUCCACGACGAACGGCAGAUCGUCGGCUGACGAGCUGUCGAAAAUAACCGACGUGAUGCCGUCGGACCGUCGAGGAUCGUUGACGACGAAGCCCUUGUUACUCAGAGGAAGGAUGAACGUCAUGACCGAGUGGGGUUGCCUGGCUUUCAUCUGCAUGCCUCUGAUCAGCAGUUUGGACGAACUCCAGGAGCUCGGUCUGUUUCUCACAGACCUGAGCAUGCAUGACUUGAGCAGGGAGAUGGUUCUGGCCGGUUGGCAGCACAAUGCCAACUUGGAAGUGACGUUUGAGAAACAAGAGGAGCGAAGUCAGAGAUUAGAAGAAAGCUUAAACUUGCUUGACCAGUGGAAACAACGAGGCGAUGAAUUGCUGUAUUCCAUGAUUCCACAAACC